GCGCGAAGCGGGGGUCCCAGCUCCGGCGGCAGCAGAGCCAGAUUGCGGUGUGCUUGGCCAAGAUGUUCGUGUUGGCGUGGCAGGCUGCCGUGAUGCAGUCCCGGCAGCUAUUCCUCGACGUGUCUCGGCGGCGAUCCUGGUGCCUGCAGCAGCGGGCAUUCGGAGCCUGGCGUCGCUGUGGCGACGGCCCAGCCCUUCCCGAUCGGCAGGACCAUCUCGGGCAGCGGCAGGGCCUGGUGAGAGUAUGCGUGCUGAAUUGGCAGGCUGCUGUGGCGCAGUCCCGGCAGCUGCUUUUCGACAUGUCGCAGCGUCGAUCUUGGGACUUGCAGCGCCGGGCGUUCGAAGUCUGGCACUGCUCUGGCGAGAGCUUGACGCUUUCGGAUCAGUCGGGGAAGUCGGGGCACGGUGCAGAGGAGCUUACGUCGAAGGUGUGUUUGAAGGCAUCGGGCAGUGCGUUCCGCCUGUGGCAGCAGCACGCCUGCCUCUGCCGCCACCUCGAGAGGGUGGCGGAGGCGCGCAACCGCCGCAGGCUGCAGAGGUGGUUCCUGGGGCCGUGGCGCCAGAGUGCCGCGCGGGCUGCCGGCCUGCGCAGGGCCGACCUGUACCUGAGCGCCCGGGGAGCCGCAGGACGCCUGCAGACGUCGUUGGCGGCCUGGCGGAGGUGCUGCCUGAAGCGGGCCAGGCUGAGGGGCUGCAGGUGCAUCGCGCGGCCGGUCCGGGUCGCCCUCUGGGUGUGGCAGAACUGGUGGGCCGCCUCCCGCCUGGAGAGCGCCCUGUCCAGGGUGCGCCCGAGGAGGCCGCGGCUGUCGCGCCUCUUCGCGCGAUGGAGGCGGGCCGUUGGCGAGGGGGCCGCGGCUCGGAGCGCGCGGUGCCUGGAGGACGUCGAGAACAGCCCCUUCCUCGGAGCUGUCACCCCGCCGCCGCCGCCCGCGAGGUGGCCGCUCGGCGGGGGCGGCGCCGAGGGCGGCACGGCCGCCCGGGCGGUCACCCCGCCGCAUCUGCCGACGAGGGCGCCCCUCGGCGAGAGGACGAACACGCCGGCGUGCGAGCCAGGCGCUCACGACGUCUGGGCCGAGUGCGAGCACGGGCCCGGCGGGCCUCCAGGCCCCCCCCGCCCGAGCACCGCCACGGACGUGACGCCCGUCGCCCUGCAGAAGCGAGCUCGCAGCAG